UCAAGGUAAACUCUGAAAUGGACGAGCUGCGUCAGGCAGCAUCUGCAUAUUACAACAACGGAUCACCCGAGAUUGAGCAACUAGCUUGGUGCUUCUUCCAAUCCAUGGACACAAACUGCGACGGCCAAGUCGACUGGAACGAGUUCUCCGCAUUUCUCUACCAAAGCGGCAACCAAUGGAUCAGCCCCAGCUUCUUCAACGAUCUCGACCGCAACCACGACGGCGCGCUGGAUUUCAUGGAAGUUCUAACUUUUUACUACAUCAUCAAGACCAGGAGCUUCUGGUGCAGCGUUUGUGGGAUUUGUCUCACGGGGCUCUACUUCACUUGUGUUGAGUGCUUUGACAACGUGAACUCAAACACUUACGAUCUUUGUCCCGGAUGCUACGAGUCCAAGCCGGAAAGGCAAAGGUAUAACCGGCAGAGUGAUCACCAUCACGCUUAUUUUAUGGAUAACCAUAUGUUGCUCAGAUCAAAGAGAGGAGGAUAUGGUUCUUCAAAUCUGGCCAUAGAUUCACCUGGAGGUGGACCAGGACGGACCAGAAUGCGCCAAACGAUGAAAGCAUUGGAUACGGCAGUGAAUGUUGCAACUUUGUGUAGCAUUAUGUGAUAUAUUAAGGGGUGCCGCAAUGGGCAUAUGUGUAUCAAUUUGUAAUUUCUUUUCUGAUCAACUCUACCUUACAUGCAUUCUGAUCAUGUAAUUCAUGUUCAUAUGC